GGGGCGGGGUGCAGCGGGAGGGAGCGGAGAUGUUUGGAGCUUUUUUUUAAUAUAAAAUUAUUUAUUUAAAUAAAAAUGGCCGCCGUGGAGAGCGGAGAGCAGAGACUGGAGGAAGCGCAGGAGAGCGAGGAGGGACCUGCUGACCCCCAGCAAACCUCCAGAGAGAGAGACCGGUCCCACAGUAAGACCAAGAAGGCCCGUAGAGAGCGUCGCCAUGCCGACCGGGGGUCGGAGACAGCAGCCUCGGCCACGCCUUCAACAACCGGGCAGCCAGAGACAAGGGCGGAGUCACAGGUGUUGGAGCCGGUGGCGGGCCCCUCAGAGCCGGGUCCAUCAGAACCGGGCUCAGAAUCAGCUGCUGGCAGCGAGUCUGCUGGCUCUCCCAGGCAGCGGCGCUCUAUUAUCCGGGACCGCGGCCCACUAUAUGAUGACCCGUCGCUGCCCGAAGGCUGGACUCGCAAACUGAAGCAGAGGAAGUCCGGACGCUCCGCUGGGAAGUUUGAUGUCUACCUGAUCAAUUCAGAGGGGAAGGCGUUUCGCUCCAAGGUGGAGCUCAUUGCCUACUUCCAGAAGGUUGGCGACACCACCACUGACCCCAAUGAUUUUGAUUUCACCGUCACUGGGCGAGGAAGCCCAUCCCGCCGUGAGAAGCGCCCCCCAAAGAAACCUAAGGUGGUAAAGCCAUCGGGACGAGGCCGUGGGCGCCCCAAAGGCAGCGGGAAGAUUCGGCAGGCUACAGAGGGCGUGGCCAUGAAGCGCGUGGUCGAGAAAACUCCAGGAAAACUGCUGGUCAAGAUGCCAUUUGGCAAGGCAGAAUCCUCCACUGGCACUACGUCUACCACUUCAAAGGUGGUGUCUCCUGCCCUCGUGAGCAAAUCUCGUCCCGGCAGAAAGAGGAAGUCAGAGCAGGAACUGCCACCUCCACCACAGACCGCUCCCAAGAAACGGGGCAGGAAACCGGCCUCCGCCUCAGCUUCGGCACCAUCAUCGGUUCCCACGGCAUCCACCUCCUCUGCAUCGGCCUCUGCGAGCACAGCGGCCGGGAGCUAUGCUGCUGCUGCCAUUUUGGCUGCGGAGGCCAAACGGAGAGCAGCCAAGGAGUCUUCCAGCAAACCUGUCGUCCAGGAAACAGCCCUGCCAAUCAAAAAACGUAAAACAAGGGAGACUGUGGAGGAGCGAGAGGGAGCUCAGACUCCGGCAGCUCCAACAGCCGAGACUGGUAGGAGGGUUGCUGCAGAGGAGGAGGGAGGUCCCAGCUCCGAGCCUCAGCCUGCCCCCUCCGAACAGAGCCAAUCACAGUCAACAAAGCAGCCGUCUGCUUCAGACGACGGCCAAUCACACGGACACAAGACACAUAAAGGGCGGAAGCACAAGGAGAAAACGGGAAUAACAGCUAGUGAGGGAGGAGGCAGAGGAGAGGAUGGAGGAGAGGGAGGAGGAGGGGGGAAGAGUAGCAGCAGCAGCAGUAGCAUCAGCCAAUCAAAGAGCCACAAACGGAAGGAGCGACCACCGCACAAGCACCACCAUCAUCACCACCACCACCAUCACCAUCAUCGCCACCAACAGUCAUCUGCCUCCAUGCUGGAUCAGCCUCCUCCUCCUCCUCCUCCUCCUCCUCCACCCUCCAGGCCUGAAGUCGAGCCUCCGUCUGCCCCCCUGCUGCAAGCUCCUCGACCACAGUCCCUGCCUGAACCUCGGCAUCCUGCCCCUCAGCUACGCCACCAAUCCCCCAGUUCUAGUCAGGCCCCAGCCCAGCCUCGACAUCCAGUGGCCCAGUCCUCUCCCACCUUACAUGUCCUUCCCCAACCACGGCUCCAACAGCCCCUGCCUCCAGCUCACAGGCAUCCUCAGCCCACCGACCAGAAAACCCAGUCACAGCCCCUUCACUCACCAGCCCAGCAUCGACCCCAGCCCCAGGCUUUGCAUGCUCCGCCCCAGCCCCCAUCCAUCUUGCAUGUUCAACCCUCUCAGACAAGACAUCCACAAACACAAACCCAGUCCCCUGCACCACUCCAACCGCAGCCCAGGCACCUGUCUCAGCCCCAACCCCAGCCCAGGCACCCGUCUCAGCCCCAACCACAGACCAGGCACCCAUCUGAACCCCAACCACAGACCAGGCACCCGUCUGAACCCCAACCCCAGCCCAGGCACCCGUCUCAGCCCCAACCCCAGCCCAGGCACCCAUCUGAACCCCAACCCCAGCCCAGGCACCCGUCUCAGCCUCAAUCCCAGACCAGGCACCCGUCUCAUUCCCAGACCCAGCCUAAACAGCAGUCCCAGCCCCGGCAGUCCCUUCAGCCUCAGCUCCAACCACAAGCUAGGACCCCACCUCAACCUCAGCUCCAGUCCAGGACCCUAACACAAGUUCAGAGUCACUCCCAGUCCAGAUCCACAGCCCAACUUCAAUCGCAACUGCAGCCAAGAACCUCUGCCCAACCUCAGCCUCAACUUCAGCCUCAGUCCAGGACCCCAAUUCAGCCUCAACCUCAGCCUCAGUCCAGCACCCCGACCCAGCCUCCACCUCAGCCCCAGUCCAGGACCACACCCCAGCCUCAGCCCCACUUGCAGCCCAGGCAUCAGGCGAGGCCCCAACCGCAGACAAGGCACCCAUCACAACACCAACUCCAGACUCAGUACAGACAACAACCCAGACGGUCUGUCCCCCAUUCAAGGCCUCUUCAGUCCCAGUCCCAAGCGCAGCCCCACUUCCAGCGAAUUCAGACCCAGCAGCAGCCCCAGCAGCGCCCCCAACCCCACCCUCAGCUCACCCAGCCGCAUGUGCAGCACCUCUUACCCCACCGACCAUCUUCUAGCCUAACCAGGACCAACCUUGUCCCCACUCAGCAGAACCAGAGCGAACAGCCCCAGGACCUGAGUACCACUCGGCCCGGCAGAGGAAGCGUGCUCCCAAGCCGAGACAUCGGCAUGGAGGCUGUCAAGCCAGAGGGGCGAGGGGAGGCAGCUGCGGUAUUGGAGAGCAGGGAAGUUUUAGGAGGAGGGUCAAACAGCACUUCGAGGCCUCCCGGACCUCCUGGAGCAGCCGGAGCCGGACUUGUGCCUGGAGCAGAUGGUAGGGCCAGACUCCGGGCGGAGCCGGAGGCAGCAGGUGAGGGCAGGGAGCUCAGAGACAUCGUCCCCCAGUCAGCCGUCCCGUGUCCCAGCCGAGAGGAAACCGUAGAGUCACGGACUGCCGUCAGCGAGAGAGUCAGCUGAUCAGUCAGAAUCAAGCCGACUGAUCAGCUGACUGACAGAGUCUGUGCCGGGUGGAAGAGGAAUGAGACUGUGCUGUUCCUGGAGAUUUUUACAUUGUUUUCAGAUAGAAGCAAAGCAGAGCUGAAGGACUGAUUCUGUCUGGAGAUUCUGUAAAGGACUGCAACUGAGAGGUAGUGUCUUUUUCUAGGAAAAACAAAUGAAAAGGAAAAAACGAUAAAAAGUGUGUAUAUAUAAUCAAAAGGCAGCUGUUGUGUCCCGCUAGUCUCCGUGGAGAGUGGGAGAGUAGUUUGGAACUAAAACCGACGCUUAACAACACGUUACUCUGAGCGAAACAUUGCUUCCCGAAUAUAACCCAUUUAUUUUCUACUUUGAUAGUUUAUUGUUUUGUCUGUUAUACAGCUUUAAACUCUAAUAUUACUGACUGACGCUUCCUGAUCUAAAGGCCUCCUAAGGACUGACUAAUUCACUGACUGAUUCAUUGACUGACUGACUGAUUCACUCACUGACUGACUGAUUCACUGAUUGAUUCACUGAUUUACUGACUGACUGAUUCACUGAUUUACUGACUGAUUCACUGACUGACUGAUUCACUGACUGGCUGACUGAUUCACUCACUGAUUCACUGACUGACUGAUUCACUGACUGGCUGACUGAUUCACUCACUGUUUCACUGACUGACUGAUUCACUGACUGAUUCACUGACUGACUGACUGAUUCGCUGACUGAUUCAUUGACUGACUGAUUCACUGACUGAUUCAUUGACUGACUGAUUCACUGACUGACCGACUGAUUCACUGACUGACUGAUUCACUGACUGACUGACUGAUUCACUGACUGACUGACUGAUUCGCUGACUGAUUCACUGACUGACUGACUGAUUCACUGACUGACUGAUUCAUUGACUGACUGAUUCACUGACUGAUUCACUGAUUCACUGAUUCACUGACUGACUGACUGAUUCACUGAUUCACUGACUGACUGACUGAUUCACUGACUGACUGACUGAUUCGCUGAUUCACUGACUGACUGACUGAUUCACUGAGUGACUGACUGAUUCACUGAUUCACUGACUGACUGACUGAUUCACUGACUGACUGACUGAUUCGCUGAUUCACUGACUGACUGACUAAUUCACUGACUGACUGACUGAUUCACUGACUGAUUCACUGACUGACUGAUUCACUGACUGAUUCAUUGACUGACUGCUCCCUGACCUCUGGUUCGGGUCCACAGGUGUGUUUUUAGACACAUUUUCCUCCCAUCAUUGAACACCUGAUGACGUCCACCUGGUCAGUGUUUCUAUUGGUCAGAUGCUCUACAGGCUCCGCCCUCCAGUGGCCUGUGAGGUGUCAGUAAAAAAGAGCUGCUGACAUCCCUGAUUAGUUUACAUAUCCUCAGAUUUAUGAGCGGCAGCACGGCGCUCCUAGAAUGCAUUGCUGCUGCUGCUGUGGACACGAACCACGGAGUCCUGCUGCUGACCGACUGUUUUACUGAACCUGGUCUUCGACUGAAAGCCUCAGAGGUGAUGUGUGACGGCGGUUUGCACCUUAAACUGGUUCCUUAGAAAUCUCUCACUUUGUUUUCUUACCCGUUUUCCAUUAAAGCCACAAUGAACAGAAGAAUGUUUUCCAUCCAGACCCUCCAGUCUGGUCCAGACCCCAACCAGGACUGAGUUCUGGUGGUUUGAUAAGAGGUGGUUCUUCCAGGAUUCUUCCACUCUGCUCUUCAUCAGUCUGUUUGUCUUCUGUUUCCAAAGGAAGCGCUUUUACUAUCAGUCCCACUCUGACAGUAGCUCCAUUUCAGUUCUAGUCUUCUUACAGAGUGGGAGAGGACUCAUCUUACUCGUCUUCAUGUUGAAUGUCUGGAACAGUUUGCACUCCUCCAGUCUGAACAGUCAACCGCCUGCAUGUCACUCGGAGACCCUGCAGGCUUCAACCAGAGCGUCCGUACGCAGAGCUCCACCUGGCCUCACCUGGUCUGGACGCACCCAGCAGAAGGUCCCUGGAGGUUCAGAUCAGAGUCCUGGUCCUGGAGCUGCUGCUUCAGGACGUCCUAGAGGGUUUCAGACGCAUCAUCUGCAGGUAGACAGCAAAAUAUGGAGCAGGUGAAACAAUAAAACACAAAACGGCUGCCGAGUCCUCCUCAGCCAACAUGCUAAUGUUGCUAGCAGCAGCUUACUGUCAUUCAGAGGCUGCGUUCAGAUCACUUCAGAGGUAUGCUAAUUUACAGCAUGCUGGGAAAGCUGCCUUCAGUGGUACCUUCCACAUCUCUAAUAUCUCUAAUAUUUACAUCCUGACCACCUGCUACUCUGACCGGUGGUCAACAGACCCCUUUCAGCUCUGCACCAGUACAACAUGUUUCCCACAGUACCUGAAUGCAGCACACAUGACACAGUGAUCAGUACUGAGCAUGCUCAGAUCCAUUCAGAUCUACAGGGGGUCCUCGACCGAGUUCUGUUCCUACGGUGUGAUGUAAGCCGAUUUUCACAAAAAUGGGAUCUCUGGUGAAAAUGUAAACGAAGCAGUUCUGUGCAUCACGAUAUUGAUCAGUUUAUUUGUACAACUACAGUAAUGAAAGCAGUCAUUAGCUCACAUUGAAACUAUAGUAUAAAAAGCUCACCGGGAUACGCCGUUGCUGUUAGUCUUCCAGCCAAAGCAGUAAGAAUCUUUCCAUCUCAGUAAUGAGACCACUACGCUGCUGUGUAAUCACACAAAAUCUGUUUUUGAACUAGAGGCUAAAUGCAGUGAUUUAUUUUAGUGUGAAAGUAAAGAAACAUUUUCAUUUACAUCCAGCUCUGUAAGCAGGACGGGAUCUGCCAUCUGGACAGCGGUGUGGGUCUCCUCCAAUCAGACAGUGGGAUGCUGUGGGGUUACCAGACUUACAGCUUGUGCUUUGGGACGGGAGGAGCUCACAGCGCCACCUGCUGCUCAUUGAGGACAGUAACUGCAGCAAAAUACAAGCUUUAAUUUGAGUCUCUAAAACACCAGAAAAAGUCACUAGAUUUGUCGCUAGUUGCUUUUGACAAAAAAAGUCGCCAGGAGGACUUAGAAAGUCGCCAUAUUUAACAAGAAAGUCGCCAAGUUGGCAGCACUGCACUGAACCAGUUCCAACAUAACGCUGAAACGCCAUUACCACUAAACUGAGGUCUUCCUGUACUCAGGUAUGGACACACCUGAGAGACUGCAGCCUUGCCCACUCAGAUGAUGUUUUGGAUAUAUUUGGACUAAAAAUGCUGCAGCAGGUGUAUUCAUCACUUGAUCGUCUGAUGUAGAGAAUCCGUGGAGCUGCUGGUGUUUCAGGUGUUAAACCAGACAGCAGUGGGCAUGCUCAGACUGUGACAUCAUCAGCCUGGAUCCUGCAGCUCUGCUUCCAGUUAAUUCUCCAUUUUAAUCACAGUCUGUCCUUCACUUAGCUCCGCCCACUAUUCUGAUUGGUUUAAAGACACAGUAAAGCAGGAUGUGGUGCAGCAGACCUAACCGUGUUUAGACCCAUCCAGAAAAAAACAACUAACCCACGGCCUCCAGUGUUAUCAGAUAUUAUUAAUAUUCAUCAUUCUCUUUUCAUUUGUGUUUAAUCACCUGAAAAUCAGAAUAAACCAGAGGAACGUUCUAAAUACAGAGAACAUUUUAGAACCACUGCACAGACUAAAGGAACACUUCAGAUGGUCCCCAAACUAAAUCAUUUAGGAAUAUUUCUGUUUUUAGACUUAAGAAUUUCUUUCAUUUGAAAUAUUAUUGAUUAUUUUCUAAUAUUUAAAUGUUUCCAGAAAUAGAACUCCCACAGUCCUCUGUGGUUAAACUCCUCCUGAUCGGUUUGAUUUCUGGAGACACUGAGGGUCAAAAUAUAAAAAUUCUCAGAUCUGAAAACAUGAAAUUCUUAAAAUUCAGGCAAAAAUAUUUCACAGAACUUAGUUUUGAUCCCAAAUAAUGAAUAAAUAAACCGUGAACAGAAUCUGAUGCAGCAGCAAGUUACCUGAAAUCUGUCUGAAAAAAACAAUCAGUUCAAGAAAAGUUUUUAAAAGUCUAAACAGCUGAGAUACAAAGAGACAAACACACAAAGAGACAAACACAGACACACACUUCCAGCUGGACUUCCUGUCUGAUCUGAGCCUCCAGUUUCUCUGCAGGCUUCAGUCUGAACGUCUUCAUCAGGAUUAAACUGAAGCUGAGUCGCUGUGAUGUCACCGUGAUGUCAUGUGACAUCGCGGUGACAUCACCGUGAUGUCAGCGAGGUGAGGGCGGAGCCUCUGUGUACGGGGCGCCGCCCGCCGCCCGUCCGCUUCCCUCUGCGAUGGGACUCCAGACUGGACCCAGAAGUACAGUAACCAGCCACCAUAUUGCAUGUUCCAGAGUUUAGUGCCUCUAAUAUUGUCGUCUUGCAGGAGCCACCAUGUCAGCCACGUUGUGUUUCUAGAGUAGUAGUGAUGUGUGGUGACUUCAUAGUUGCUAAUAUCCAGGAUGAAUAUUCUGCUUUACUCUGGGUGGAUCAGUCAACUCAAUACACUGUCGCUGUAGACAAACUAGUUUCUACCUGUUUUCUUAUUUUCCUUUAUUACUAAAGCGUUUGUUGUCCCCAAA